AUGGCAAAGGUCGGGAAGAUCAAAGAAUUCAAAGUAACUCACCCGGAGAGAUGGGCGUCCUACAUCUCCUGUGUUGAAAAUUACCUCCACGCCAACCAGGUCGCUGAAGAUGGAUUGAAGGCCACGACACUCCUCUGCAUGUGCAGCCCCACCACCUUCGACAUUGCAGAGAACCUGGUCGCCCCGGCGCCACUCGAGUCGGUCACCUACGGAGACUUGAAAAAAAAGCUCCAAGACCACUUCAAGCCCAAGUUAUCCAUUAUAGCGUGGAGGCACGCUUUUGAGCAACGAGAGCAACAACCUGUGGUGAAAGGUGAAGCCACAGUAAAAGUCAGCUUCAAAGAGUUUGAGGGCCCCCUCAACAUUGUGGUCGUUGAAGGCCAGCGCACCAGUUUGAUUGGGCUGGACUGGGUUGAUGCCCUGGGCAUCCGAGUAACCGGCAUCAACCACACACAAACAGCUGACCUAACGGCUGUGUGCCAGGAAUUUGCUGAUAUCGGACUCGAUUGGUUUGAGGCCUUGGGAAUACAAGUAACAGGGCUACAUAAAUUGCAAACAGAGACCCUUGCAGACGUAUGCAAGGAGUUUGCAGAUGUGUUCAGUUCUGAACUAGGGUCCUACACAGGACCUCCUGUUUCACUUAAGCUAGAUCCAACGGUACAGCCCAUCAGGGUUAAACCUAGGAGAGUACCAUUUGCUCUUAAGAGUAAGAUUGAUGCUGAACUGGACAAGUUGCUCCAGCAAGGCAUUCUAGAGCCUGUAGAUUCCAGCCCGUGGGAAACCCCCAUUGUAACGCCUUUAAAGGAAAACGGGGACAUCCGGAUUUGUGCUGACUACAAGUGCACUCUAAACAAGGCCCUACAGCAACAUGCUUACCCUGUGCCUGUAGUGAGCCACAUUCUAGCUUCUCUCAAGGAAGGAAAAUUUUUUGCUAAGCUUGAUCUGGUUCAAGCAUAUCAACAGCUGCCUGCUGAUGAUGCAGCAGCUGAGGCCCAAACUAUUGUCACCCAUCGGGGGGCUUUCAAGGUGAAGAGGUUACAGUUUGGGGUGAAUGUCGCUCCUGGCAUUUUUCAGAGUGUAAUGGAAAACACCCUGAGGGGUAUUCCUGGCGUGUGUCCUUAUUUUGAUGAUGUUCUCAUCGCAGGUGACUCUCCACAAAUGCUGGCUGAGCGCCUUGCUUACCACAAGCCUUUGCUGGGGUUAUUCACUACAUCCAAACAAACACCUCGCAUCCUGUCCCCUCGUAUGCUGCGUUGGUCCAUCUUCCUGUCAGCUUAUGACUAUUCACUGGUCCACAAGCCUGGUAAGGAAAUGGGUCAUGCAGAUGCACUGAGUAGGCUGCCAUUGCCUACUGUGGAGCCAGAUCCCACUCCUGCUGUACACAUAUUGUCCAUUCAGGAGUUGCCUGAGUCAGCAUUGGGGUCAGGGUCAGUGGCUGCUGAAACUGCCACUGACCACACGCUCAAACGCGUGCUGUCAUGGGUCCUGUCAGGUUGGCCUGAUAGGUGCCCUGCGGAGGAUUUCCAACGUUUUUGGGUCAAGAGGCACGAGUUGUCCACUUUCAAUGGCUGCCUCCUCUGGGGAUCGAGAGUUGUGAUUCCGGCCUCCUUGAGGGCUAGAAUCUUGAUUUCAUUACAUGAAGGCCACCCGGGAAUUGUCAGGAUGAAAGCACUUGCGCGCAGCCAUCUGUGGUGGCCUGGCAUUGAUCGGGCCAUCGAGGCCCAGGUACAUGGGUGUCAUGCAUGCCAGCAGUCCAGGCCUGAAAUGCCCCAGGCCCCUGUGCACAGGUGGGAGGAAACACACACUCCAUGGUCUAGAAUACAUGUAGAUUACGCUGGGCCCUUUCAGGGACAAUUCUUCCUGGUUGUUGUUGAUAGCCACUCCAAGUGGCUGGAGGUCGUGCCUGUGUCUUCUACCACAGCUGCCAAGACUAUUCAAGUGUUGAGAAACAUUUUUGCUGCACACGGGCUGCCAGAUGUUCUGGUGUCAGAUAACGGUCCUCAAUUUACUUCUACUGAGUUUCAGGGAUUCCUACAGGCGAACAUGAUCCGCCACGUUGCUUCGGCUCCUUUCCAUCCUUCCACCAACAGUCUGGCUGAACGGAUGGUCCACAUCGCCAAGGACGCCCUCAAGAAACUUCAUCGGCUCGUGACUAAAUUGGACAGGCUGCAU